GGCCAUGGUGUUGUGGCUGCCACACACACACACACACACAGUCGGAGCCACACACACUCACACGCCCGGUGCUCUCACUCUCACUCGCUCUCCCUCUCUCAGUCUCUCAGUCGUGCUGAGAUCAUGGAGUGGCUGGUGGAGUCGGCAGCAGCAGCAGAGUGUGCGUUGUAGCCGGGGAUAUGUGAGUGUGAUGAGCCAUGGAGAGCAGCAGCAUGUUUCUGGGUAAUGUGUGUCAGAGUGGUUUGCUCCCUCUGGUGCGGGCUCCUCUCCCACUGCAGUCGUCUCUACGCCUCAAGCAGAUUCUCCCUUUCACACUGGACGCCAGCCCACUCAGCCUGGUGCCCGGAUUCAGCUCUAUGGACCCAGUUCAGAAAGCUGUUCUACAUCACACGUUUGGCGUCGCCGCUUCCGCUAAAAAGAAACAUGCCUCCUGCAACGUGUGCCAACUGCGAUUUAAUUCACAGAGCCAAGCGCUGGCCCACUACAAAGGCACCAAGCAUGCCAAGAGGCUCAAAUCCCUGGAUGCCCCCAAGUGCAAGCAGAAAAGCUUGGUGGUGGCCAGGGAGAAUGCCAGUAAGGAACCAUCCAAGAGCCUCUCUCUUCCUGCGCCACUGCAGAAUGGCACGGACUGGAAAGAAGGCAGUCCAGUGCCUCCAUCCCCAGUCCAGUCUGGCUCAAGCUCCGGCCCGGCCGAGGCCCAGUCUACCUCAGCAGCGCCUGCAGCAGGUGGGGAGGAGAGUCCCUGCCAGACGCCGGGAGCCCCCCAGUCCACAGAGCAGGAGGGGGAGCCUGAGCCUGAAACGGAAAAGGGAGAGACGGAGGAGGAGAAAGCCCGGCGCCUCCUCUACUGCUCCCUUUGCAAGGUGGCUGUCAACUCACCAUCCCAGCUGGAGGCACACAACAGUGGCACCAAGCACAAGACCAUGCUGGAGGCACGCAAUGGCAACGGUUCCAUCAAAUCCUUCCCCAGGCCAGGAGUGAAGAGUAAGCUGACGACACCCACAGGCUCAACCACAGGCCUCCAGAACAAAACGUUCCACUGUGAGACAUGUGACGUGCACGUGAACUCAGAGACGCAGCUCAAACAGCAUAUCAGCAGCCGUCGUCAUAAGGAUAGAGCAGCAGGAAAACCCGCCAAACCCAAGUACAGCCCCUACACCAAGACUCAAAGAGGACAGACCAAACAGCAAACACAGGUGAAACUUCCUCUGGGUAAGGACCUGUGCCAGCCGCUGACGGCUACGAUAGUGCCCUCCCACCUGGCAGCCGUCGCCGCAGCAGCCGCUGCCGUAGGCUCUGCUUUCCCGCUGCGUGCCAACCAUAAUCCCUCUGUCUUUCAGACUCAGUCCCUCCCUGCGGCCCUUCUCCGUCCCGCCCCCGGGCCUAUUAGGACCUCCCAUGCACCAGUAUUGUUUGCUCCCUACUGACCUCUGACCUGUGACCUCCGAUCUAAGUCUGAUGCACCGUCUCAGCCUUUGCGGUAAUGUGGUCCAGUUGUAACAUGGAUCACUGCCUUUUUCUCCAUCCCCACCCAGUGUCACACGAGACUGGACAAGAUGUGUGACACUGUACCGCAAUAAUUAAAGAGACAAACCAGGUAACUAUGCAUUGUCAUCGCCAUGUGACACACUGACUCUAUAAAUGUAUUUAGGGAUAUAUUGUUUUUUCUGUUUAUUUUUUUGAUAUAGUGUCUUGUUGCUUCUAUGAAAAGGGGAUUUUUUUCUGUAUGAAAAUAAAGAGGCUGAAAAUAGUCUGGGGUAAAAUAAGUUCUACUGCUCUGCUGGUUGCACUUUAAGCCUCUCCUUCUGUGGAUGUCUUCAGUGCUUUAGAUGGCUAGAAUGUGUCUUAUUCCUUCCUGUAUAUGGUCUUUGUUUUUCUAUGUGUGUGAGUGGAAAAUGAGAAUAAAACAAGUGGGUCUUCUCCAAAGUGAAAUACUGCUGAUAUAUUUCAAAGAAAGGUACAAAAAAAACAGCAGGAUAUCUGUGUGUGUGUGUGUGUGUGUGUGUGUGUGUGGGUGGGUGAAAAAGUGAUGCAUUCCUUGAUUCAUAAGAGUGUUUCCACAUGAAAAACAUCAGUGGCAAACUGUGACUGUCAGAGCUAGACCUUCAUUUUGGGCUCAUUUGUGGGAAUUGAAUGUUAUAUUAGUGACUAGGCUUUUUGGGGCCAUUCUAGAUUUAUUCAGAGCUUGUGAAAUGCAUCAUAUUUGUAUUUUUUGAAGCUUACAACAGACAUUAACUGCUUCAGUAAACAGCCCUGGCAUAAAGCUGCUGCCACUGUUUUCCAUUUCUAAAAACUGAAAUUUGGUUUGGCUUCAACUUGUAUUUACAGUCACUGAUGUAUCUAGAACCUUCAGAAAGCCUAGAUUGACAUUCGACACAUUGGUUAAUUUGCAAAUUGGUCAUAUUGUAAGUCAAAUCAUAUUUUGUAGAUUCAACGAAUCCUUUAUUUAAUCAGAUUCUUUUAGCUAAUCUAAUGUUUAAGGCUUUGGCUACACUAGUCAUGCGCAGUCGACAUCACCUUGUGUAAAAUACAAAAGUAAACACAAUGAUAUCAGAUCAUUAAACACUGCAUACUGUACUGCAGCAGACCGGUCUGUAACGAAAAACUGACAGCUUGUGUGGUUGUGACUUGUGUGCAGCAGUGAUCAGCCAAGAAGCUAACGUUGCAGUUGGCAAGCUGGCUCAUCUACAAAGAGUAAAACCACAAAAGUUAAGAUCAUAAUACAGUCUAUCGUAGUGAUUCAUGAGCUUAUUUGUAGCAAGUGGAGAAAAGAAAAUGAGAUUUGAGUUUAAACUCUGGUUAAAUUAGCAUUUAAUGUAUUUUGGAUCUAUAUGAAGCCCUGCCCCAGUCGUGGUCAACACAGCCAAAGUGCUGACUUUGUCAAAGUUCACCAAAGUUGAUCUUGAUACAUAUUUCACACGCAAUAUUUAUUUGAUCCAAUGAGCAGUUUUGCUUCUUAGACGUUGAAAUUAAUCUGAUUUUGCCUGCAAAGCGUGACUGAUAGAUACAAUCCUGAUUGGACCAUUUUUUUCUUUAGCUAUUUCAACAUUUGAAGUCUUUUGUUUGAAAUAGGAGUAAAACUUCAGUAGCGAAACUGCAGAAUUUAAAUACAACAAGCGUUCCAGUCCCAUUAAACAGGGAUGAACUGACCUGCUCUGACGGCCCUGAGGGUUCCCCACAGAAUGAAAUGUAUAUUGCAUCAGCACAGUUGAUGCCAAAUGUUAGCUAAAUGACAGACAGAGCGGUGCUGAUGUCAUAUAUUUAAUUCAUGUGGAAACGAUGUACACAUGUGAACUGAGUCCAAAACAUCACUGUGUCAGUGUGUGUGCCUGUGGGUAUGCGUACGUCCUCCGUUCCCCCUAAAGCUACCCCUGCAAAAGUCUACACCAGUCACGGGGUUGGCGAAGCUUGUCUAUCUAGCAAUGUGAAAAAAACGAUGAACAAUUACGAAUAAAGUCUUACUUUACUUUUGUCUAA